AUUUUAGAAAAACCAGAUACUUAGUCUCGCAAAUUCAAUUCUAUCUUUAUCGUCUGCAGAAAAGAGUAUUGUUUUGGUGAAUCUGAGAGAAACGCUGCAGUUCCGAUCACCUCUGCUUUCGUCGGAGGUACUAACGUGUCGCAUCGAGGAUGAUCACAGCUCGUUUUCCUCUUUCCUUCUUCAUCGUAUUUCUCUUUCAAUUCACAGCCUUUGCAUCUUCUUCCAACCUCACCUUCAUUCUCCAGGAUGUUCUGAGGGCGGUGUCGGCGAAACAGAAGUGGGAUUCGAACGACGUGAGAGUGGCCAAUUUGGAUGUUGCAAAGGUCAGAUUCGGAACUUCCCGGAGCUACGAGUUCCGAAUCGGAUUGGGCACUGGUAACUUCACCCUCAAAUUCGCCGACCAAGUUGCCACCUGGAACAAGUUCAGAACACCCUUUCCCGAUUUACCCUCUCUUGUUCAUCGUCUCAGUUCCUUCCCACUCCUUCCCACACUCAAAUUAGAAGGUCCCUUUUCAUUACGUGUUGAUGCCCUUCAUCACCUUUCGUUAUCCCUUCCCAUGAAUGUUUCCUACACUGGUUUGAAACAAAUCCUUGUUGGUGAGGGUAUUACAGUAGAAGUUAAAGGAGCUCAAGAAAUCUCUCUUUUUUACUCUUCUGAUAUCGAUCUGCCAAUGAAUGGAAGUGCCGUGUGUAGUGGAGGGAAGGGUGACAUUUGGCCCUUUCUGCAUUCAACUUGCAUGGCUCUGAUUCCUAUUCGUAUAUCAGGGUCUGCAUCUUUGGUUGCUUAUAGAGCUCGAAAUCCUUAUGCACACUUAGCAACUACAUUGAUUUCAGAGGAUGUUAUUGAACUGCUUCCAGAAAAAUGUUACCAUGGUGGUAUGUUUAAAAAGCGAGCAUGUCCAAUUGAUUCCUUAAGUUUGAAAUUAAGUAUGUUGGAGAAAGUUUUGAGGAGUCUUCUUGGUCGUAAGAUACUUCAAGGUCAGCUUUUUGGCCUUCUCAAAGCAAAUAUUAAAGCAUCAGCUGUUGUAAAGUUCCCCAUAGAAUUAGAAAGAGACAUAAGGAACAAUGUCACUCAUAAUCGUUCGAUUCCUGAUUGGAGAACAAAGCCUAGUUUUGAAAGGUUUUUGUUUGAGAUAGUGGCCAGAGUUGAGGAAAACAGGCUCAAGCCUCUUUCAAUCAAGAAGGUAAAACCUUUUAUUGAAUCUGUUUCGGUUUCAUGGGCCAAUUUGAUGUCGAAUAUGUCAUAUACAAAGUUGAGACCCGUUUUUCUUCCUCCAGAACCUCUUACACUGGAUGUAAAAUGGUAAGAGAAACAAAGUUAUGAUAUCUUUUUUAACGAGUUUCUAGAUCAUGUUUGUAGAUUCUUCUGCUGAUCUUGUUAUAUGCAAGAGUUCACCAAUUCUUGUAAAAUAUUACUCAUGAUUGGUCCUGUAAAUACCAACAUAGGAUAGGAGAAAGAAGUGAUUUUACACAAUUUAUACAGUCUUCCGUUAUAUGAACUUAAUUCUUUAAUUGG